AUGGCUCUCAAUACGCCGCAAACGAUUCAAGACGCGUUGCACCGAUCAUCAGACUUCGUCGUAAACGAGGAGGAAAUGAAAAACUUGGACGAGCAGUACGAAGCCACGAAAGCAGCGAUACGAAGCUCAAUUUUGCCGCACCCCGCGAAGAAGGGCAAUCCAUCGAGCAAUGCAACAACAAGGAGUUCGGAUGAACCUAGGAGCGGAGGUGCCCAUAACUACCAGGUCAGCUCCGGACGCGGAAGAGGAGAGCCGCGCAACAACACUUGGGUGAGAAAGUCCGCCAACUACGACGAGAAGGCUUUCUGCGAGUAUCACCAGACCUAUGGACACUCAACGGCUCAAUGCCGAACUCUAGGAGCAAAGCUCGCAGCAAAAAUGGCAGCAGGAGAGCUCCAAAACGCGGUCAGCCUCAAAGACCUCGUCCCUAACGAACAACAAGAAAAAGCCGAGCCGAUCGGCGCGGCGGAACCAGCGAAUCCUCCCCGACGAGGCGAUAAUCCCAAGUGCGACAGGAGAGGCAAACCUGAAGAGCGAACCGAGCUGAGGCAAAGGAUCAAUAUGAUCAUGGCCUAUCAGCGUCGAGCCGAAGCAAAGGAGAAUUGGACAGAGCCAACCGACAUCCCAAACACAAUGAUCUCUUUCGCCAAGGAAGAAACGGCAGGAAUCGAUCGACCUCACAACGAUCCGUUGGUGAUUCAGCUAACGAUCAGGGAUCAUGAUGUAGCAAGGGUGUUCAUCGAUACUGGAAGCUCGGUGAAUGUCAUCUUCAGGGAAACACUCAGAAGAAUGGGAAUCGACCUCUCCGAGGUUGAAGCAAUCCCCAAACCUCUAACCAGAUUUUCAGGAGAAACGACGAUGACUAUGGGAACGCUCAGACUUCCCGUGGUAGCUGGCGGAGUCACUAAGAUCGUCGAAUUCUGCGUCACGGAUCACCCAGCAAUCUACAAUGUGUUCAUGGGAACUCCCUGGAUCAACGGGAUGCGGGCAGUACCCUCCACCUACCAUCUCUGCCUCAAAUUCCCAACUCCUUCGGGCGUCGAAACGAUCUGGGGGAAUCAGAAGGAGUCGCGAAUGUGCUGCCUAGCCGAGCACAAACUGAGGAACCCCGUCACCGACGCACGAGCUGAUAUAGACCGCAAAAAGAUGAAGACAGACAGAGAGCCCGCGAAUUAA